AUGGCCUUGUGUCUCAAGCAAGUCUUCAACAAAGACAAAACAUUUCGUCCCCGAAAGAAGUUUGAGCCGGGCACCCAGCGCUUUGAGCUGUACAAGAAAGCCCAGGCCUCCCUCAAGUCUGGGCUGGACCUGAAAGCAGUGGUGCAGCUGCCUCCUGGUGAGAGCAUCAACGACUGGAUCGCCGUGCACGUGGUGGACUUCUUCAAUCGCAUCAACCUCAUCUAUGGCACCAUGUCGGAAUACUGCACGGAAAAGAGCUGCCCCAUCAUGUCUGGGGGACUCAAGUAUGAGUACAGGUGGCAGGACGAUAACAAAUACAAGAAGCCAACCAAGCUGUCAGCUCCAAAGUACAUGUGUAUGCUGAUGGACUGGAUUGAGAUGCUCAUUAACAACGAGGACAUCUUUCCCACAAGGAUUGGUGUUCCCUUCCCCAAGCAGUUCCAGCAAGUUUGCACUAAGAUCCUCACCCGCCUCUUCCGUGUCUUUGUCCAUGUCUACAUCCACCACUUUGACAGCAUCAUCAACAUGGGUGCUGAGGCUCAUGUCAAUACCUGCUACAAGCACUUUUACUACUUCAUCAGGGAGUUCAGUCUCAUUGACCAUCGGGAGCUGGAGCCUUUGAUGGCCAGAGAUAGUUCUCUUGAAUCCCAUGGCAGAGGAGACUCCUGCCUGGAGAGUUGCCUGUUCCCUGCAUGUGAUUACAGAAGGCCAACAAGCAAGUGGAGGGAGCACAGCUGGAGCAGGACAGUAAAAAGAAAUGACAGAACGAAUUUGUCACUGAAGCAUUCUGGCAGGUGA